AUGACGUGGCAUCCCACAAAUGGACCGACAGUCAAACCGUCAUCUGGAUCGACCCAAUUACUAGAAAGACCAGUAAUGGGCCCAUCAUCUAGGCAGAGAGAGCUAUUAGGCGUGCCUUGUUUAUUAUCCCAGUAA